AUGUCUUCAUUUCUCUUGCACGCCGAGAGAUCGGAAGAUGAGGAUAGUCCGGCGAUCCACUACGGCGUGAUUGCUUCUGCGAACCAGCUGAUGAGAGAUGCGUUGAUCCGCGACGGGUUGUCUGCGGAGGAGGACAUUUUGUGCUUUGAGAUGGAGGCCGCAGGGUUGAUGAAUCACUUUCCAUGCCUGGUGAUCCGCGGCGUGUGUGACUAUGCGGAUACGCACAAGAAUAGUGUAUGGCAGGGAUAUGCGGCUAUGGCGGCUGCGGCUUAUGCAAAUGAUUUGCUCGGCACCAUUACACCGAACAAGAUCGAGGCAGAGAGGAGGCUGAGCGAGGUUCUCGCGAUUGUAGUCAAUGAACGGGUAGAAGAUGUGUACGCCCUGGCAAAAGUUACGAACACAGGCAUAGCGGGGCUCCAGGCAGAUAGCCAUGCUGAGCGCAUCAGGACCUGGCUUUCGCCGCCCGACCCUUCGGAAACCCAAAAUUAA